CUUCACGGGUUAGAGCCACUGACGUAAAUUGCCUAUCUACCUAACCUUAGAUAGCUUCCGAUAUCGAAGUUCGAGAUUUAGCAAAUUAAAAUGCUUCGCGAUUCCUUUGUACUUCCUCGCCAUAACUGAAGGAUUGCUGUUAGCUCGCUCUCAGCUACAAUAUCCUCACCCCACGCGAACGCCAGCUGAGAAAAGAGAGCAUGGUGGCGGCCUGGCGCAUUCUCGGCGCGAGUCCGAGGUCCUCUACGCUCGCCGCAUCCAUCCGAUCGCUAUCCCGCACAUAUUCCACAGCCGGCAGUAGAGUCCAGCUGGUCUACGACCACCAUGCGCCGCCCAAAUCCGACAGGCAUCGACAAGAUGCGCCCAUAAUAUUUAUGCACGGGCUGUUUGGGUCCAAGAAAAACAAUCGCAGCGUGAGCAAAGUAUUGGCGCGCGACCUCAAUAGACACGUCUAUGCCGUUGACCUGCGAAACCAUGGCGAGUCGCCGCAUGCGACCCGUCACGACUACGUCGCCAUGGCUGAUGAUGUUGCGGGCUUCAUCGGCGAGCACGGACUAAAAGAGCCGACACUGAUUGGGCACUCGAUGGGAGCGAAAACGGCCAUGACGCUGGCCCUAGACCAACCCUCGCUAAUCUCGGACAUCGUAUCCGUCGACAAUGCGCCCAUAGACGCAACACUGAGCCGGAACUUCGCAACAUACAUCCGCGGGAUGCGACAAAUCGAAGAAGCCGCCGUGGCGCGGCAAAGUGAGGCCGAUUCGAUUCUGACAUCCUACGAAUCCGACAUCAACAUCCGGCAAUUCCUCCUCGGGAACACGCAUCGGGUGCCCCAUCCCGAAGACCAGAAGAAGAACGCCAUCAAGUUCAGGAUCCCGCUGGACACGCUAGCCAAGAACCUCGAUAACCUGGGCGAUUUCCCCUUCCGCAACCCGGACGAGGUGCGUUUCGAGAAGCCCGCUCUGUUCGUGCGCGGCACGCAGAGCAAGUACGUCCCUGACGAGGCCAUACCCAUCAUUGGGCGUUUCUUCCCGCGCUUCGAGCUUGUCGAUAUCGAUGCUGGCCACUGGGUCAUCUCGGAGAAACCGGCCGAGUUUUUGAAAUCCGUCAUCGAAUUUCUUACUCCAAAAGAAUGAACAAAUAUGAAGGAGAAAGAAAAAUAGAAUAAGUUUAGGCAUAGACAUAGAGGCUAGAGGUAUAGAAAUCCCAUAGACGUGUAUACAUGUUGCAUUAGGGGAUAUUACUUAGACGUACUGGUUAUGUACAGGCAUGAAAUCGGUUUCCGCAUAAGGA